CACCAAUGUUGAAGUGCUUCAUUUUUUUUUGGUGCUCGUCCUCAUCGAGAGCAUCGCAGCCGUCCUCUGCCACCCACCAACGGCAAUGCGUAACUGAAUGAGGUAUGUCGCUGAGGAGGCGAACCCCACCAUCUGAGGUGCUGCCGCGGUGCUGAAGGAGGUAUCCCUCAGUCAUUCUAGCUUUCUCUCUGCAACAAACAAGCCCAAGAACUACACUCGAACAUGGCUCCGAACAUGAACAACGAACCCGAGCAAGAGCUUAGUAUCGACAAGCCUUUGAGCAUCGACGCUUCUAGUGGCACAAGCACCGACUCAACCAGCUCCGCUCCGUUUCGCAAGACUCUGCAAGAAGGCGAACCCGGCACACUCACUGGCCGCCCUCUGCGUCUAUAUGCUGAUGGCAUCUUCGAUCUCUUCCACUUUGGACAUGCCAAGGCUCUGCAGCAAUGCAAAGAAACCUAUCCGAACACGUACUUGCUGGUUGGCUGCUGCAAUGACGAGGUCACGCACAGACUCAAAGGCCGCACAGUUAUGACGGACAAGGAGCGCUACGAGUCGCUACGUCACUGCAAGUGGGUGGACGAAGUGGUUGAGGACGCUCCUUGGGUCAUCAACGAUGCUUUCCUCGAGAAACACAAAAUCGACUACGUGUGUCAUGACGCACUGCCGUACUCGGACACGUCGGGCGAGUCAGCUGAGGGAGAUGUGUAUGCGCGAAUCAAAGCCAUGGGCAAGUUCCUCGAGACCCGACGCACUGAUGGUAUCUCGACAUCAGACCUGAUCAUACGAAUUGUCGCUGAGUAUGACACCUUCAUCCGCCGCAACUUGCAGCGCGGAUACACUGGGAAAGAGAUGAACGUGUCCUUCAUUAAAGAACAAGGUAUUAGACUCGAUAUGGCCAUGGACAAGGUGAAGGAGCGUGUUGCCAACAUGUUCAGUCGAAAACCGGGCCGGUUCGACCAGCGGCAAUCGGUGUAAGCGAAUACGUCGCGAGUGGCACCAAGAUAGAGCCUCCUCGUGUCCGCAUAAGCAAUAACCUUGAAACUCUUAGCCAUUGAGUUGUCUUAAGGACGAGUGCUAGUAACUCCGUACACAGCUCGCUGAACUUUAUGCGCGGAUGCUGCUGCCACUAACAAUGCUUGCAGCCCUGUAAGAUAAGUCAGCAAAUGAAUAAAAUGAAACCCUUGCAUGCAAAUAAGCCAAAUAGUAGC